UUCAUCAUGUAUUACAGGUGUAUCUACGUUAAUGGCUAGCUUCACAAUCAUGCAUAAUCAUAUUAGUUUAUAGGAGUCCAUCAACCAACGCACAAUUAUGCAAAAUGCUUCCAUAGACUGAAAUCUAUAAUGCAGGGCUUUAAUAUGGGGAGAUAUCAUCCUCCGGAUGAAGACGGCAAACGUAGAAAGCGAAUAAAAACAAAAAAUGUAGUUCGAUUUGAGAUGCCUUUCGCGGUAUGGUGCUACCAAUGCCAAAAUUUAAUCUCCCAAGGCACCAGGUUUAAUGCCGAGAAAAAGCAAAUCGGUUCAUAUUACUCUUCCAAAAUAUGGUCGUUUACCUUUCAUUGCCAUACUUGCUCUAAUGCAAUCGAAAUACACACAGACCCAAAAAAUACAGAAUAUGUAGUAUGCAACGGAGGGAAAAGAAGAAUUGAUGCUGCCAGUACUGGCACGAUAUCCAGCGUUGCAACCGAUGGAAAUGGAAAUCAUGACCCAUUAGAGGCAUUGGAAAAAAGUGUAGCAACCCAGAAAAAGAAAGAAGAUCAGAAUACGGAAUUGGAGCUUAUUUAUGAAAAAAAUGAGAGACAAUGGGCAGAUCCUAUGACUGUUUCUCAAAAACUUCGAAAACGAUUUAGGGAAAAAAAGAAGAUGAUAAAAGAGCAAGAGCAAUUAGAAAAUGAGUUGAAGGAUCAAGCUGGUCUUGGUUUCAGUCUUUUACCUCCUACAGUUUCGGACGAAAUAAUUGCUCACCAUUUAGUUCGUCAUGAGCGCACAGGUUCUCAUAUGCCUACAAAUCCUGACAACAAAAAGAUAUUUAUGAAGAAGAAAGAAAGGUUUGCCAAUUUUGAUGAUACAGCCUCCCCUACCGGUUUUCUUCGGUUUCCAAAAGUUUUGGAUACAAAAAGUACAGGCGAUAAGGUAACUAACCUGAAGGAGCAUGUUAAAAUUCCCGAGAAAAAUUCUACAGCAUCUCUAGUUGAAUAUGGAGAAAGUGAUGAAUCUACUUGAUUAUUUAUCAGGAUCUUUAGCUAUGUUAUCUUAAGAUGUUUUUUAAGUGAUCAAAAAUUUUUAAUAAAGUUAUAAUCAUCAGUUAUUUCAUUAUUCAUAAUUUAGACAAUAGAAAAGCAUUAUACUCCA